CUUGAGGCUUGUCUCUCUUGUAUUAUUUCGAAUAUAUUAGCUCGUAACUUUGCGGAUAGUACGAGAAAUCUGAUAAAUACCGCGAUAUUUCAAAAGCUGACGUAUUUCGAAGCGUGUACAUUUACUUUAAUCUAGUUGAAUUUAGUGUGUAUAUACAACAUAAUUAGUAUGAGUUUAGUCUGUAGAUUUAUAAGUAACGACAUGGUUUUCAAGCCAAUCAUAUUCGAUAUAUAGUAUAAAGUGUCCAGUUUUGAUACUCUAAAACCCUAAACGAAACUUUUAACAGCCCUAAAUAAAAUCCCCAAACCCUAAAACUUAACCUCUAUUUUAGACCUAGACUCUAGGUCGCCAGUCGUUAGGGGCGACUGGUCUCGUCAAUUCCGUUCGCGAACAGCAUGAAAGUAGAACCGUCACAUCUGCCAAACCAUUUUGUGGAACAUGGGAGAUAAAGAGCAUCAUGUUCACUUUAGCGGUGGAAGCGGACUUGGAAAAGAUAACAAUAUUAUGAUACAGCCACAGCGACAUGGCCAUAUAGAUGCUCAUUUAGGGUUCUUGCAACUGUAUCACAGAUAUCACAUAGAGUUUUCAGUGCCGUGGAACACGUGUAUUCAUCUGGAGGAGAAAACGGUGGCUCCGGCGGUAAUUGCAGGAAAUCACAAUGCAAAUUGCCACAUUGUCGACUUUGCGCAGGAAAAGGAUGGCUUGAGAUUAAAAGUAGAACUGUUGGCAUACAAAGAGAAGAUAUUAAAGGAGGAUGUCGAAGUGAUGUGUUGUCCAUCGGGUACUCCGUUGAAAAUUGUAUUGAACGCACGUGUUUUAGCAAAAGACAAGGGUACCCCAUUGUUGCGAAAUGGCAUACGCAGUAUUGCCGUUGAAGGAACCGAUGAGGAUGAGGUGUCCGAGUGAUGCUGCUUAUUGUCGAGCUGUAUAUCAAUGACGAACGUUUAUACAUAAGCAUUCAAGUGCUAAGUAUCAAGUAAGAGUUGGAAUGGUUCGGUAUAGCCGCGAGACUAGAGCGAAUAAUUGUCAAUGCUGCACAAAAUGAGAUAGUUUGCCUACUACCUUAAAAAAAAGAAAAAGCGAGAUGCAAAAGCUGCAACACUACCUAAUCAUUAUCUGCUAAUUAUGUAAGUUGUAUCGAACAAAUCCUAUUUUGUUAUCAUUUUAUAUCGGUCGAUAUCGAUGUGAAUUUUCAACCAAGUUUCCGUUAAAUAAAAAGAUGUUUACAGAGA